AGCUUGGAAUCAAAGGAGGAAGCAGCUGUAUUCAUCCAAGCUUGGUGGCGGGGCAACCUGGUGCGCCGGACUCUUCUGCAUGCAGCACUAAGAGCAUGUAUUAUUCAGUGCUGGUGGAAGAAAAGGUGUGCAAAGACUUUGGAAAAAAGACGUCGAGCAGCCAUAGAGGUCUAUACCCAGAACGAAUGGGCAAUUGUCAGAAUACAGUCCUGGUUCCGCAUGUGGCGCAUCCGGCUUCGUUACUGCCGUUUGCUUCAUGCUGCCCGAAUUAUCCAGGUGUAUUGGCGUUUGCAUAGUUGUCAUACCCGUGGCGUUAUCAAGGGCCACUAUGACCUAAAAGGAAAUCAUUUAAAAUUUCAACUGGAAAUCUCUUUGGGCUCACAGGCUUGUAGAGUACAACAAUGCAUAUCUCUUCCAAUAAAGGAAUGA